CUGAGAAAGAGCCAGCCCCGGAGAAAGGGCCCUCUAGGCAGAGAGCACAGCCUGUGCAAAGGCCCUGGGGCAGGACCAGGCCUGGCGUGUUGUGGCGACAGUGAGGGGGCGCCUGUGGCUGGAGCAGAGGGAAUAGCGGGGGAGAGGGAGGAAGUUGGGAAUUUGGGUUUUAAGAACCGACCUCGUGGGGGGAGGGUGUCGUGAACAAGUCUGGGUCCUUCUGGGUAUCUGAAAAGGGGGCAUCUUCCUGGGUGGGUCUCUGGGAGGCUGGGGAGAUGAUGCUGUACAGGACGAGUGUGAGUGCCGGGUCCGGGCCACCGGGGGGCCGCUCUGUGGCACCCCUGAGCCUCACAGGCUCCAGGAACUGAGCAUGCUCUGAACCUCCCACAGGUUUCCUCAGAGCCUGCUCGGGCCACCGGCUCUGAGACCCAGGAGUUCUGUCCCGGCCACAGCCCUAGGCAACCGGGGGGCUCCUGGGGACAGGAUGUAACAGGACGAUGUCACAGAGGCCAGCGGCACCUGGAACCCUGGGGGCCCCUGGCCUCGGUGCCAUCCUCCAGCACGGCCUCCCGGGCGGGUCGACUGCUCCUGAGACCGGCCUUCACAGACACGCCCGAUGCACGCUGGGUGCCACCGGGAGCAGUUUCUGCCUGGGGCCGCCCGGGGCCCGGCUGCCCCGCUCACCCGCCUCUGAGCACCCCCUCCGAGCUCGCCUCCCUUACCCGGGCCACCGGCGCCCUGGGAGGCCCUGGAGAUGCCCGCAGGCCUCCCGUCUGCGGUCCCCGGCGGGACCUAGCUGCGCACAGCGCCCGGAGGAGGCGAGGGGGGGCGGCCAUGGGGUGGCGGUCGCCCUGAUCCUGCUGGCCCUGCUGGCCCUGCUGGCGCCCUCGGGGGCGGUGGUGCGGGCCGUGCGGGCCGGCAACGCCAGCACCCUGGACUUCGCGGGCCUGCCGGCCCUGUUCGGGGUGCCCCUGGCCCCCGAGGGCGUGCGGGGCUACCUGACGGAGACAGAGCCGGCCGACGCGUGCCGCCCCAUCGAGGGCCCGCGGCCGGGCAACGGCUCGCUGGGCGCCAUCGUGCCGAUCCGCCCAAACGACUGCACGUUCGACCUCAAGGCGCUGCACGCGCAGCGGGCCGGCUUCGAGGCGGCCGUCGUGCGCAACGCGCGCUCCGACGAGCUGGUGCGCACGGCGCCGGCGUUCGAGGAGCCGCGACGCCAGAUCGCCAUCCCCUCGGUGUUCGUGGGCGAGGCCGCCUCGCGGGACCUGCGGCUCAUCGUGCGCUGCGACAGGGCGGGCCACGUCCUCCGGCUGCCCAACUACCCGCCGUGCCCCGAGCCGGACCGCCACCCCGUGCCGGCCGCAUCCUGGGUGCUGGGCCGCGCCCUGGCCCUGCUCACGUCCGCCGUCUUCCUCCUGCGACGGCUGUGGCGGGCCUGGGGGCCGGUGGCCCAGACGCAGGCCCGCCGGAAGGCCCGGGUCCGCACCUUCACGCGGAGGAACGACCUGUGUGCCAUCUGCCUGGAUGACUACGAGGAGGGCGACCGGCUCAAGAUCCUGCCCUGCUCCCACACCUAUCACUGCAAGUGCAUCGACCCCUGGUUCGCCCAGGCCGCCCACCGCUCCUGCCCCGUGUGCCAGCAGUCGCUGGCCGGCACGGAGGACGGCUCCGACUCCACCGUCCAGAGCUUGGGCGACGAGGACCCCUCGCUGCCCGGCCACCGGCCCCCGCUCUGGGCCGUCCAGGCCCGGCUGCGCUCGCGGAGGCUGCGGCUGCUGGCCCGAGGCAGCUCGCACGGCCGCGCCGAGGCCACUGCGUCCCCGGAGAGGCCCCCAGAGCCGCCGUGAGGCCCCGCGGCCCCUGGCCGACCCAGAUCGGGGCAGGGAGGGUGGAAAUGCGGAGUGUUUCUAGUCUAGAGAGAAUAAAGUGGGUCUGAAAGCGGAUUCUCGCCCUGGCUGCUGUGAGACCACGGCUUCCGGCCCCUCCUGCCGCCCGUGUGGCGGACCCCAGCGGAGCCUGAGGCUGGAUCCUGGGGGCGGGGUGGGGGGAGUCGCCGUGCGGUCACCAACGGUGGCCCUGGGACGCCCUGUGCCUCCGGUCCAAUCCCGGGCACGCGGGCUGCUGACCCCCGGUUGGCUUAUUCGUUACGCAUUUCAACGUUCUGUGUGUGUGUGCGUGUGUGUGUGUGUGUGUGUGUUUCAAAAUGUUUCACUUUGCACUGAUUUUAGGUUUCCGGAAGAGUGGCAGAGAUACUCCAGAGGGUUCCCACAUACCCCUCACACCUCUCACGUGGCCCGAGAAAGCACCGUGGGCACGUUAUGGUGAACUCACGUCCAGCUUUUAUCCGAAUUUCCCCACCAUUGCAAAAUUUCAUGGUGGAGAAUGUCAAACGCACCCACAUAGAGAGGAUGGAAUAAUGACCGCCCCCCCCCCCCCCCCGUCCUGCCACAAACCCAUUACUCAGAUUCGGCCAGUGUCUAUCUAGGGCCGCUCUCAACUCCUGCGCCCUUCCACUCACCCCCUCCCUUGUCAUUUUGAUGCCAAUGCCAGAUGGGUUUCAUCUGGAAGCAUGGGGUGUUUCGAAAGCAGCGGCUCUCAGCGGGGGUGGGGAUUGGAUUGAUCCCAGGGUCAUGGGAUCGAGCCCUGUGUCCAGCUCUGGGCUUAAGGUUCUCUCUCUCUCCCUCUCCCUCUGCCCCUGUCUCCUGCUCGCGCACACUCCCCCUCUAAACUAAUAAUAAUAAUAAUAAACCCCACGGACUUCAGUAUCGUGUUCAAAAUAAUGAUUCCCUAACAGCCUCAGACAUCCAUCCAGGAGACUCAUGGAAAUGCGGACCCCGUGAUGUGUGUUUCUUUGGGCUGUCUGGCUCAGAAUCUACGUAAAAUCUAGAGUCGUCGGCGGUCUCCUAGGUCUUUUUUUUUUUUGA